UCCAUCAUAUAUAGCACCCGCAUUUCAAAGUUUCAAACUACUGAAAAAGUUUAGCUUUUGUAAUGGAUACGAUAACAAGCAUGGUGACUGGAAAGCCAGUGGUGAUCUUCAGCAGGAGCACAUGUUGCAUGAGCCACUCCAUCAGGUCACUGAUAGCAGGGUACGGGGCGAAUCCAACAGUGUAUGAGCUUGAUCAAAUCCCAAAUGGGCAAGUAAUAGAGAGGGUACUAGUUGAGCAGCUGAAAUGCGAGCCAAGUGUGCCAGUUGUUUUCAUAGGCCAACAGUUCGUUGGUGGAGCUAAUCAGGUCAUGACCCUCCAACUCAGAAACCAGCUUGCGCCCAGGCUCCUAGCGGCCAAUGCCAUUUGGGUUUGGAACUAGUAUACUACUCUAGUUAUAUCUAUAUUAUAUAUAGUCAUGACCCCAAAUAACAGUACGUUUUCGUGUU